CCAAUCACAAGUGAGUUAGAGCAAACCCAACUUCCUGGUUUACGUGACACAAGGAAGUGGAAAAAUUGCGUUUAUCUCCUUUAAAAGUCCACCAGGGCUCAGAAGUCACCAGCCAUGUCUGCCUUUCACCUCACACUCUUGCUUUUAGCAGUGAACGUGGCCUCCUUGGCUGCAUCCGGACCCCCCCAGGGUAAAAGGUCACUAAAUAACCUGCACGGAAUGAUCAAAUGUACCACAGGGAGACACUCUAUUGAAUAUAGUUCGUACGGCUGCUACUGUGGAGACGUGGGGAAAGGCAAGCCUAUAGACCAGACUGACCGGUGCUGCUUCCAACAUGGCUGCUGCUACGCUGGGGCCGAAAAAUUUGGCUGCAAGACCGACACGGACUACGACUGGUCAUGUAGAGACGGGACGGCUUAUUGUGGAAUCACUGAUGACAAGUGUCAGAAGUUGAUCUGCCACUGUGACCAAGAAUUCGCCAACUGCCUGAAAGAUGCACCCUACAAUUGGACCCCACACUUGCAGAUCUCCCAGUGCUCUGGAAGCAAACCAUCAUGUCUCCAUAAAGGAAAAUGAUCUUGGUAGUCAAUGAAGACCAAUAGUAGCCACAUUCUUACAGCAAUAGUUUAUUCCUUUAAUCAAUGUGUGGGACACUGCAUGUCUUGUUGUUUUAAAAUCACCAUCCUUUAUAUUGAUUUGUGUGGGAAUAUAACAGGUACUGUAUUUGCAUUAUAAUUAUGUUACGCUUUUUCAUUCCUCAAGCGGUGAUCAAUAAAUAAAAGUGGAUGGAUGUUGGCUAA